AUGUCUUUCCUUCAGCAAUCGUCAUCCAAUAAGCAGUUCCUUUACUACGUUGAUAGCUCAAUAGAACGUAUACACAUUUUUAAUGUAAUAUUUUCAUAUCUAUCUAUCUAUCUAUCUAUCUAUCUAUCUAUCUAUCUAUCUUAUAUUAUUAUAUAUUACAUCUAUUGUUUGGCGUUGUUUAUUUAUUUGUGCAGGAUUCCAUCCACGGAAUCCACAACAUCUAUCUACCUCGUUCUGGUUAUAAUUCUAUCUUAUUAUAAUACUAUAUAUUCUAUUUAUCUAUCUAUCUUUUAUUAUAUAUUAUAUUAUAUCUAUCUAUCUAUCUAUCUAUCUAUCUAUUUAUCUAUCUAUCUAUCUCGGUCUGUUUUAAACUAUCUAUCUAUCUUUCUAUCUAUCUAUUAUUUAUAUUUCUCUCUAUCUAUCUCUCUAUUUAUAUAUCCAUCCCAUUCUAUUCAUAUCUAUCUCAGUCUGUUUUUCUCUCUCUCUCUCUUUCUCUUUCUCUCUCUAUCUAUGUUGGGAUUUAUCAUUUUAUAUUUUUACUUUAAUUAUUGUCGUUUCCCUAGUCUCUCCUUUUUCUCUUCCUCCCCUCCCCCCGUCUCUUCUAUUCUCAUUCUGUUUCUCGGUCUGGUUUCUUUGCUCUCCCCCACUCCUUCCUUCUUCCUUCUUUUUCUUAACCCCCCCACUUCGCAUCCACCUUUUUCAUUUUGUAUUUUUCUUUCUCGAACUUCUCAUCUUGUCUAUUCUUCUUCAUUUCAUAUCUUGGCGUUUCAUAAAUGCGAAACACAUUCUCUCUUUCGAUCUAUCUAUCUAUCUAUCUAUCUAUCUAUCUAUCUAUCUAUCUUUCUUUCUCUCUUUCUCUCACAUUUUUUUUUCCUGUUCAGCCAUGUUGGAUUAAUACUGUGUCUUCUUUAUGAAGUGGUUCUUGAUUUUAAACCUUUUUUCUUUUUUUUGUUACUUUUCCCUUUUUUGUUGACGUGUUCGGCCUUUUUCAUUUUUCUCUCUUUCUCCUUCAUCAAUCAAAAAUUCUUUUUUGAAAAUUCUUCUUCUUCUUCUUCUUCUUCACUUAUACUUUACUUUCGACCUCUUUUCGAUUCAUUCUUCUUUUCUUCUUCCUCUUUUUUUUCCCUUCUUUUUCUUCAUACUACUCUUUUUCUCUUUCGGUCCAUGUCGAUCCCCAUAUACCCUACUCCUCACCACUACUUUUUCUUCUUUAACCUCUUCUUUAUUUUCGCUCUCUUUUCGAUUCAUAUCAUCAUCAUCAUCAUCAUCAUCAUCAUCAUCCUUCUUCUUCUUCUUCUUCUUCUUCUAUAUAUCUAUCUAUCUAUCUAUCUAUCUAUCUAUCUAUCUAUCUAUCUAUGUGUAUAUAUUGGACACUAA